AUGAUGUUAAAUUCAAAAAAUAAAUAUUUAUUACUGUUUACAAUUUUAUGUUUUUCGGUUACUAAUUACAAUUUAGUUUUAUCACAAUCAUUUUUUCCCAGUUCAUACAACCAAGUAACAAGUUCAAAUGGAUUCAAAACAACAUCAUCCUCUUCUACUUUCAUUUUAAAUGGUUAUAGUUGUGACUUUAAUGGAGAUGGAUAUGAUGACCUCAUAAAUUUGGUUUCAACUGGCAUAUAUGUAUUCUAUGGCCCACUACCCAAAUAUUUCACAUAUCCAGCACAAAUUUCCUCUUUAAAUGGUACUAAUGGAUUUUUUAUUUCAAUACCUGUAUUACCAUACGAGCCAAUUUGUGGUGAUUUUAAUAAUGAUGGGUUUGAUGAAAUAGUAUUCGCUACUUUGCAAGCUCAAAGAGGUAGAGUAAAUGUUAUAUAUGGAACAGACCAACCAAUGCCAGCUACGUUCAGUACUAUCGAUGGUAACAAUGGUUUUAUUAUUAAUCCGCUCGAUGGAGGAACAAAAGAAAUGUUAGGUUACAACACAGGUGCAGGUGAUAUCAACGGGGAUGGACUGACUGAUUUAUUUUUCUCAACAAGUGUAAAAGCAUAUUCGGGUACAAAUCCAAGCUUAUUUGUUAUUUAUGGUAUUGAUGGUGGAAAAUUUCCUGUUGAUUCAUCAUUCGCCUUUGACCUUACCACCUUGGAUGGAGCCAAUGGAUUUGCAAUCAAAGGGUUAGAUUCGAGAUUUUGUUUAGUUUCUGACUUUAAUAAUGAUGGUAUCGAUGAUAUUUUCGUUGGUGAUUAUUUUUAUAUUAUCUUUGGAUCCAAAUUAGGGUUUCCUGCCAACUACGUGCCAGUUUUAGAUGGAAACAAAGGUUUUCAAUUUAUUGUAGACGGAAAUCUUAACUCUGGUUUAGCAAUAGGAGACUCCGGUGACUUUAAUGGUGACUCACUAAUAGAUUUUAUAAUAACCACUAGAAAUCUGGCUGGUAAUUAUGUUUCAUAUAUGGCUUUUGGGAGAUUAGAAUACCCACCCAUCGUUUAUUUAAAUACAUCUAUAGACGGUACCGAUGGUCUUGCGGUUGUAGAUAACCUCAACUAUCUUUCAAAUCAUAAUGAUUGGUGCUUUCCAAAACUAAAAGAUAUCAAUGGAGAUGGAUUUGAUGAUAUUGUUUGUGGAGGUCCAGUAACUCGAAUAAUAUUUGGAAAUAAAUUUAAAUACAACUCAGGUAUUCUCUAUUCAGAUUCAGUAAUAUCAUCAAAUGCUUGCUCUGGUGCCCAAAUUUCCAAUAUACAAGAUAAAACUGUUUCAAUUGGCGAUUAUAAUGGUGAUGGACUUGAUGAUAUUGUUAGUAGUGGAACUACCAUUUUGUAUGGGCUUAAAUAUAUUGGUUCAAUAACUUUUAAUAAUUUAGUUUUACCAUUCAACAAACAAUCAAAUAUAUACGCCAUAUUUAAAAACAACUUUAAUUCAAAUAUAUCAUUAUGUGAAAUUACAUUAGUCAAACUGAACAUUAAAGACCCUCAAAGUGGUGACAAAUUCAUUGUAAACUAUUCAAAUAUCAACAACUUAUAUUUUUCAGUAAAUUUUAUAAACGAUACCAGCAUAAGAAUAGAAUUAAAUAGUUUAGGUAGUGGGAAAACAUUAAGUAGCAUAUUGGAUGAAAUUUCAGUUUCUUUAUCUCAAGAAUCCAUGCAAAAUAAUAGAACCAUUACCAAAACAGUUGGAAAUCACAUUGAAUCAUUAGUAAUUUUAGGUGUAAAAGUAAUUAACUGUACAGCCGAUUGUUUAAAUGAAGGUAAAUGCGACACAUUAACAGGUACCUGUAAUUGUAUGAAGGGUUUUGAAGGCACUGAUUGUAGUGGAAUUAGUUGUUCAAGUCAAUGUUUAAAUGGUGGUUCAUGCAAUACCACAAUUGGUGAAUGUAUUUGUAACAAUGGUUUCGAAGGUACUGACUGUGGUAUAGCUCUUUGCUCCUUAACAUGUUUAAAUGGUGGCUCAUGCAAUACCACAAUUGGAAAGUGUAUUUGUUCAAAUGGAUUUGAAGGUACUGAUUGUAGUGGAAUUAGUUGUUCAAGUGAAUGUUUAAAUGGUGGCUCAUGUAAUACCACAAUUGGAAAGUGUAUAUGUACAAAUGAUUCAACAUCCAAUGAUUGCUCUAAAAAAAAAAAUAAAACCAAUGUGGGUGUUAUAGUUGGUCCGAUCGUAGGUGGUUUAGCAUUUUUGGCUGCAAUCAUAGUAACUAUAUUCCUUGUUAAAAGAAAAAGAAUCUCAAAAAAAUCUCAAAAACCAACUGAACUAAAACCUCAAGCAUCAACUGCUGCAAUUUUUUCAGGUGGAACCAUUCAAAUUCUCGAUAAAUUUUAA